AUGCCAACUGCUAAGCAGCUAGCCGACAUUGGCUAUAAGACCUUCUCCACCUCCAUGAUGCUACUCACUGUGUAUGGGGGCUACCUCUGCAGCGCCCGAGCCUACCACUAUUUUCAACGGCGCAGCUCCCAGCGCCAGGCCGCAGAAGAACAGAAGACCUCAGGAGUCCUGUAG